UUGAGAUUUGAGAGAGCAUCAUACAAUCUAUCAAGAACAGGUGACAGCAUGGCGACAACAGAUUUCAAAGACGAUCCUUUUUGGAUGUCGAAAAUGAAGUAUCAGUUUCAAAGUUGGUUUGAUUUGAAUGGCAGCGGAUCAAUUGAAAAUGACGACUUCAACAAGCUUUUUGAUAGUAUGGUUGCGGCAAAGAAUGGGGAACGAAAGUUUGACAUCAACCUUUUCCGAGAAAUGACGGUUGGGUUCAAUGUAUCCAUGGGUAAAGAAAAUCCUGGAAACAUUUUUGGAGAAAUGCUGGUAAAGCUAACAUGCUGUGAAACUGAAUUUGAACGCACUGAGUUCUGGGAGGAAAAACAUCGACAUCAGUUUAAUGUCUGGUUCGACCAAGACGGAUAUGGAUUUGUUGAAAAAGAGGAUUUCCAUCAACAUGCUAAGAAUAUCAUAGCCUUAACUAAGUGGGCAGAGGGCAGUCCUAAGUGGCAACGAUGUAAUGACGUCAUGAGAGGCCUGUGGAGAGAGUUAAAACGCGGUGCAGAUACUAACUUUAAUAAUAAGGUAACAGUUGACGAGUAUCUUAAUUUUAUGGAGUACAUGUGCAGGGAAAUUAAAGCCAAGACCAUGAAGAUACCAUAUUGGUAUGGAAGUUACUUUGAUCUCUACUUUGAUGUGAUUGAUAGUCUUGGAAACGGCGAUGGGUUGAUAACGGAAGACGCAUUCGUGUCGGCUUAUCGGCCAUUCAAAAUUCCAGAUGACGUCAUUGAGAAAUGCUUCAACGAGAUGACAUAUGGUGGACGUAUUGCUAUGGAUCGUGACUACUGGAAUUUGUGUUCCAUACAGUUUUUACACUCGACUGAUAUUAACUCUCCUGGAAAUAUUCUCGGCAAGAUGCUGACUGGAAAAUAUGAUUAA